AUGGCUCUUUGCUUCUUCUCUUUGCUAUUCUUUCUUUUUUGUUCUAACUCUUGGGCUGAAUUGAUACAUUUCUUGCCAGGACAACCCAAGAAUGUUUCUUUUAAUCAGUAUUCUGGCUACAUUGUAACAGAUGCUAGACAUGGCAGAGCUCUUUUCUACUACUUUGUUGAAGCCGAUUCCAAUACAGAUGAAUUGAAACCUUUGACUUUGUGGCUCAAUGGAGGGCCUGGUUGUUCUUCUCUUGGCUUUGGUGCGUUCAUGGAACAUGGUCCAUUCCAACCAGGGGAAAAUGGAACUCUUAUCAAGAAUGAAUAUUCUUGGAACUUGGAGUCGAAUAUGUUAUACGUGGAAUCACCAAUUGGGGUUGGGUUUUCAUACUCAAACACUAGCAAGAAUUACCUGUGGAAUGAUACACAGACAGCUCAAGAUAACUUGAUGUUUAUUUUGAACUGGCUGGAAGAAUUUCCACAAUACAAAGAAUCUGACUUCUUUCUAGCUGGUGAAAGCUAUGCAGGCCACUACAUCCCGCAGCUUGCAGCCUUAUUGGUGGAGCACAACAAGAAGCCUAAUAUCGAACCAGUCAACCUCAAAGCCAUUGCUCUUGGAAAUCCACUUUUGGACCUAGACAUCAGUGUAUUGGCCGGUGACUUCUUGUGGUCACAUGGUGCUAUAUCAGAUGAAACCCUGUUCUUGGAGAAGACAAUAUGCAAUGACUCAAAGUAUUUGCGAGAAUACGUUCAUGAUAAAUGGUCUCAAGGAUGCAAUGAUGUAUUCAAUAGAGUUGAAGAUGAAGUUGGUGUAGAUGUUGGACUAGAUGACCUUCUCUUGCCAACUUGCUUAUCAUCAAGCUAUGCAGAGCAACUUAAACUUAAAGGAAAGCUCGGGAAGAUACAUUCAGCUGUUGCUAAGAGAGCAAAAAAUGGUGAUCCAUGCCUUGAAGGAAGAAUAUUUACCUAUCUUAAUAGGCCUGAAGUUCAAAAGGCGCUCCAUGUCAAGACAACUCACCACCCUUUCCAUUGGGCUUUCUGUGAAGGGCCUCUUGUCUACCAAGAAGACAACUUAGACAUGAACCUCAUACCUCUUGUGUCAGAUCUUAUCAAGGAGGGAUUUCCCGUCUUGUUAUAUAAUGGUGACCAAGAUGCAAAAAUCCCUCUUACUCAGACACGGAUAAUUGCUAAUAACAUUGCAGAGGAUUUGAAACUCGUUCCCCUUACAGAAUAUGGCACUUGGUAUGACAAUAAGCAGGUAGGAGGAUGGACACAAUCAUUUGGUGCUCCGGAAGAUGGGAAGAAUUAUGUGACAUAUCUGACAUUUGCUACGGUCAGGGGCGCAGCUCAUGAGGUUCCUUUCACAUCCCCUUCACAAGCUCUCACACUGUUCCAUUCCUUUGUCAAUGGAAUCCCUCUACCUAGGGCUCCUCAGAAUUGA